ACCAGAAACAUUUGUAGAGGACGCUGUCCAAGUCUUCUGUUCUGUCAUACGGAAUGGUGAGGAGUGGGCGGCGAGUCGCUGCUUGGCCUAACGCAUAUCGUUGGGUAGACCCAAUGGGGAUUGCGCUCACAGGGAAAGACCCCAAUCUAUUGCCAAUGUUAUGCAAAGUUAUGGUCGGCGGUCUCGUCCUGGCCCCCGGCGUUGGUGAGGCGUACUCUGCACGAGACGAGAACGGUUUGCUAGUCGGCUUCCUCGUCUUUUCGCUACCUGGCCAGCUGCUGUUUCUGUCAGAGAAAUCUAGGGCUCAGGGUUAUUACGACUAUGUCAACAUGCUUGCGCCAGAAGCAAAGGAGUUUCUUUGAAGGUCCCC